AGACUCUCGUUGGCUGCGAUUUGAAAUUUUGCGAUUGAAAAAUAAGUGUAAAUUAUUGAAAAUUUAAAAACAAAUUCCAAAACAUAACAGUAUUUACCAUUGGUGAGUUUUCGACCUCAACAAAAAUGAACAUAAUUUUCAGCAAACUGCUCGAACAGUUCCCAAAUGUUAUCGAAUCACCCUUCCUCAUAUGGGAAAUGCUAAAAAUGCUUUGUGUGGGCAUUAAAGGUGAGAGUGGAAUCGAGCUGAGGACAUUUUUAAAAUUAAUUGAACCAGAAAUGGAGAUCACCGACAGACAUUUAGAGGAGCUAAAUUUGCGUUAUAUGUUGCCCGCCAAUAUGGAAUAUACAAAUGGACACAUAAAAACGGCAGCAAACCAGAGAAUAUUAACAAUAGCCAAUCGAAUAUUUAUCAAGAGUGGUACACGCCUAAAAGGCAGCUUUCUCGAAACCCUUCAAAAGCAAUACUCUUGCGGCGUACAAGAAGUUAAUUUUGGAGAGCGUCAUCAGGCCGCGGACGUAAUAAAUAAAUGGGUGCGACAAGCGACCAACGAACGUAUAACCGGCAUAAUAUCGCCGAAUGAUGUGGGCGUCGACACACAAACGGUGUUGACGAAUGCGAUCUAUUUCAAAGCGAAGUGGCAACAUCAAUUCGACCCGAUCGACACGCGUCAAAGAGAAUUUUACAUCAGCGCUGAGCAGAGUUUACCCGUCGCAAUGAUGAACCAAACAAUGACGGUGCUCUACGGUUAUUUGCAGGAACACCAGGUGCAAGUGAUAAAGUUGCCCUAUCGCAAUACCGACUUGGCCAUGUUGGUGAUGUUGCCGAAUGAGGCGGCUGAUUUGGCUCAAGUUGCGCAACUGAAAUUAUGCGAUGUUAUAGAUCAGUUGGUGUUUCGGAAAGUCGAUAUUCAUCUACCGCGUUUCACAUUUAAUUGCACAGUGAAUGUGCAUAAUCUGCUAAUGGAGUGCGGUGUGCGCGGCAUCUUCCACGCCAACCAGGACCUCAAUGGCAUACUCACGGAGAAUGCUUCCAAUUUCGGUAUCUCAAAUAUCAUACAACAAGCUUAUAUCAAUGUGACUGAAGAGGGUACGGAGGCUGCGGCAGCUACGGCUUGUUGCAUUGAUGGUGUAGUGAGCUUUGAAGAGCAAUUCAUUGCAAAUCGUCCUUUUUACUUUUGUAUUAAAAAUAGUCAUAAUUUAAAACUCUUCGAGGGUUGUUUUCGUCAACCGAUUUGAAAUAUAAAUAUUUCUUAUAAGACCAA